AUGGAUAUUACCGCGGAGGAGUCCAAGUACGUGAUUGGGCUGGACUUUGGAACCACUUUCUCUGGGAUCGCCGUAGCCGCCCGCUCUUCCAAAGAUAAGAUCUUCAUCAAGGAGGAUUGGGAGGCCCAGACGGAGCUGGUGGGGGGCUCAUACUGCAAGACGAUCACUGCCAGCCUUUACCACAAUGGCAAACUGGAAGGCUGGGGGUGGCCAGCGUUGCUCAAGUACAACAAAGCCGUUGAGGGGGCCAUCAUCAACCAGGCCAAAAGCGGCACGCAUGACCCCAACAAGGACGUGGAUCUGGGCGGAAUGGAACUGCUGGAGCGCUUCAAGCUGCUGCUCGCGCCUGAGGGAACCGCGAAGACGGCCCUUGUCCUGCCUAAGGGCCUGACCAAGGAAAAGGUAGUGGCCGACUAUCUGGCGUGCGUUGCGGAGGCGGGGUUGACCCUGCUCCGGAAGAACUUCGGCGACUUCAUCCAGCCGGAACACGUGCAGUGGUGUCUCACGGUGCCCGCUAUCUGGACCAAUGCUGCGAAGGUGGUGAUGCAGAAGUGCGCCGAGCAGGCGGGUCUGUUGAAAACCAAGACCAACCCCAAGGGCAGUCCGUUUCCGCUCAUCAUUGUUCUGGAACCGGAAGCCGCGUCCCUGUACUGCCAGCGGAACCUGGAAAAGGAGCUAUCUCUCCAAGACAACGAGCCGUACAUGGUGGUCGACGCCGGGGGCGGCACCGUCGAUCUAGUUGUCCACGAGAAGCGCGGCGAAGGCUUGGGAGAACUAGAGAUGGGCAGCGGCGGCACGUGCGGCGGGUCCUACGUGGACGACAACUUCUUCAAGUUCAUGGCCGCCAAGUACCCCUUCUUCGGCAAGUGGGCGGGCAUCCACAAGACCGGGCUGGACGAGCUCAAGCGCGACUGGCACACGCAGAAGAAGCUCUUCAAGGGGUCCGACGAGAGCAUCCUUGUGCGCGUCCCGCACUCGUUCCUCGACAUGGCGCGCGACGAGGGCGUCAAGGAGGCUUUCUCCAAGGGUUCGAUCACGGUCAGCGGGGCCGAGGUAGCCGCCAUCUUUGAACCGGUCGUGGAGGACAUUCUGCAGCUCGUGCGGGACCAGCUGGCGAAGCAGCCCGGCUGCAAGACGCUACUGCUGGUGGGCGGCUUCGCGGAGUCGGACUACCUCCACGACAGGAUCAAGGCGGAGUUCAAGGCCAAGAUCCCGGUCAUCGUGCGCCCGGCGCAACCGGGGAGCGCCAUCAUCCAGGGCGCGGUCAUCUUUGGCUUUGACCCGCGCAGGGCGAUUCUGAACCGGAGAUCCCGCAAGACGUACGGCAUCGAAAUUGCUGAAGAGUUCGUGGAGAGCCGCCAUGACGCCAGCAAGAAGUUCUACGAGGGGAGCCGCGCCUACUGCCGCAACCGCUUCCUCAAGUUCGUGACCGUCAAUCAGGACAUUUCGGUCGACGAAGUCGUCGAGCACAUCGUGUUGCCGCUGAGCUCCACGCAGAGCGCAGUGUCCAUUACCCUAUACAGCACGGAUCAGACGGACCCAGAGUACGUGACCGACGCCGGGCUGCACAAGGAGAGCUCCAUUGUGAUGGACCUGUCACAGUCGAGCCUCGGCAAGAAGAGCCAAAUCGUCGUGAGCCUCAGCUUCGGCUCGACCAGCAUUGAGGUCAAAGCCAAGGGCGGCAACUUCGCGGCGGAAGAUGUUAAGUGUGAGGUGACCGGCCAUUUUGAGAUGCACUAG